UGUUUGUAAGUUGUCCCUCAACACCUGGAGAUCUCAGUAGAUGCUUCUCAAAUGUCGUCCAACUAUCAGGUCAAAACUCAAGUCUGCAGCCAGGCAUUUCCUCUUAUCAUGGAUUUAUCAUUAGAUUUGAAUCUGAUUCCACAGUGAAUCAAGGUCGCUGGGCAGCUGUUACUUCUUUUGACUGUGGAUUGCUGUCAGUAUUGCCUCCUCUUGUGCUGAGCUCUUCUGAUGUUCAGUUUAGGUCAACUGUUGGAUUCACCUGCUUGGAAGGUUUCAGGCUUGAAGGGCCACAAUUUACCAUCUGUGGUUGGAAAGGUCGCUGGGUUCCGUCAGAAUUACCAGUGUGUACACUAAUAACUUGUCCCAAAGAGUAUCCGCCUGCAGGAGGUAAUGCUAAAGCCGAAGAGAUCAGCUUUGGCUACAUGAGAGAGUUCUUCUGUAGGCCAGACUUCCAGCUUGUUGGCAGGAAAUUCUCACACUGUAACAUAUCUGGCCAGUGGACUGAUAAAGUGCCUGUUUGUGAAGCUCAGAAAUGCCCUGGACUUCAUGAUGUCCUCAAUGGCCGGCUGAACAUGACAGGACCUGUAAAGGUGGGCAAAUCUGUCCUGAUUACCUGUGAUGAAGGCUACCUGCUGGCUGGACAUGAUGUGCUCACCUGUCUGACAGACUUACAGUUUGAUUUCCCUCUACCUGUUUGUUUAGGUAAG